AUGACUGAAGACGCGAACACGAGAAUGAGAAUUUUACAAGAUACGUUGCAUCAUUAUUACAACAUUGUUUUUCCAAAAAAAAAACAAAGAAGCAAACUUAAAAAAUGGACUACAUUAGGUAUAGAAACGAUGAAAGACUGUAAGAGGCUUAAAGCUAAAAAUUACUGUAAAAGUUUUGUGGAAAUAAAAGAUUCCUUUGUAUCCUAUAAAAGAACCACUGAGUUAAUUUCCGUGCUCAUUGCGUGGGAUGUUUACAAUUCCAUAAUUUAUUUUCAUAUUUUAUCAACAAAGACCAUGACUCCACAGCUUAUCCUCAAACUGUAG